AUGUUUUUCGUGCAGACUUAUCAAUCUUCAACUUGUGAAGCACCCGUUGGUCAUUUUUGUUCUUCAAAAAGUGAUGAAACAUAUAUUGUAAAAUGUGGCAAAGGAAGAUAUCAAGACGAAAAAGGUCAAACAUCUUGCAAAUCUUGCAAGGAUGGUGAAUAUAAUAUUCAAACUGGUCAAUCAAAAUGCAAAGUUUGUCCUGUUGGUCAUUCUUGUCUUCAUAAGAAUAAAUCACCUGCAAAGUGCCGUAAAGGAUCGUAUCAAGACAAAAGAGGGAAAAAAUUUUGUCGAACCUGCCCAAUUAGCAAAUUUUGUUCUUCAACUGGACCUGUAAUACACAAAAAGGACACUAGCCCAUUAGCAGCCGACAGACUUGAGAAAAUACGCAAUGCCAUGACCUAUGCAAAACAAGCCUACGACGAAGUAAUAAAUCCUGCUGAUUCGAGAUUGAAGGAUGGCGAUAGAACAAAAGGCUUUGUCAAGUACGACGACAAUAAAAUUGUUGUAUCUUUUCAGGGUUCUAACGACAUUAAUGACUGGUAUAGAAAUGUCAAAUUCGCCAAAGAGGAUUAUUCCGGCUGCGAAGAUUGUGAAGUACACAUUGGAUUUUUUCAGACUUAUAACGCAAUGAAAGACCAAAUGCUUGAGAAAGUAAGCGCUUUAUCUGACGAACAUUCUGACGCUAGAGUUUUAGUCACAGGUCAUUCACUUGGUGGUGCAGUGGCGACUUUUGCCGCAGUCGAUUUGGUCGAUGCUGGACAUUCUGUUGAUUUAAUAACCUUUGGCUCACCUCGGGUUGGUAACAACAAAUUUUCAGAGCAUGUCAACGGAGCUUUGAACGGAUUGAAUCUCAGAGUAACGAACAAAAGAGACUUUGUUACAGUCAUACCUCUAGGAUUUAUAGGAUAUCUACAUGUUGGGCAAGAAGUCCAUUGCACUGAUAAAGGCAAAUGCGAAGAAUACCCUCUUAAUGAAGAUGCUUCACAUUUUAGAAUAAGUGCUACCGAUCAUUCUUCAUCAGAGUAUUGUAAAAUAUAA